AUGGCUAUGCAGGAAAAAUAUCCAGGUGAGAGAAACUCUCAUUCCACUUCACCAGGUUCCAUUGUGAUUAAGAAAAACAGUUCUCCGGGUUGUGAAUGGCAGACUCCAGUUAUCUCGGAGGCCUUUCGGAGCCGCUUCAGCCGCUGCUCAAGUGUUACCGACAGUGGGGACACAGCCAUUGGCACGUCAUGCUCAGACAUGGCAGAGGAUUUUUGCAGCUCAAGUAGCAGUCCGUCUUUCCAGCCCAUCAAAAGCCAUGUGACCAUUCCAACAGCCCAUGUGAUGCCUUCCACUUUGGGGACCUCUCCUGCCAAGCCAAAUUCUACACCUGCCAGACCCUCUUCCUCCAAAAUCCCUUUGUCAGGAUUGGCUGAAAGUGUGGGGAUGACAAGAAAUGGAGACCUCGGUGGAAUGAAACAUUCUCCAGGCUUAUCUAGAGAUUUCAUGUAUCAUUGUGGUACUGCUGGAGAAAAUGGAAUUGAGCGAUCUUGGUUUCCAGCAGUGGGCCAUGAAAGAGAAGAGGAGAUGAGGAAGUUUGAUAUUCCCAGCAUGGAGUCUACCCUUAAUCAGUCGGCAGUGAUGGAGACACUUUAUUCAGAUCCUCGUUAUAGAGUCCACUUCCACAACCUAAGAACCGACCCAAACAAGGAGUUAUACAAAGGGUUGCCUGAGACCAAGAAGAUACCAGACAGUGGUGUGGUAUGUGAGCGGAAUGGACUACAUCCUAGCAGCAGUGGAUUGCUCCCUUUGGGGCUCCAGCCUGCUCCUGGACUCUCCAAGCCUCUAUCCUCUCCAGUGUGGCAGCCAAAUUCUGACCCUUGGAAUCCCCGAGAGCGGUCUUGUGAGCUCAGCACUUGCCGGCAGCAUCUGGAAUUGAUUCGUUUACAGAUGGAACAAAUGCAGCUUCAGAAUGGAGCCACCUGCCACCAUCCUGCUGCAUUUGCUUCUUCACUGCCCAUGUUAGAACCUGCUCAGUUGGUCAGCAUCUUGAACAGUAAUGAACACCUACUAAAGGAAAAGGAACUCCUCAUUGACAAACAGAGAAAACACAUCUCUCAGCUGGAGCAGAAAGUGCGAGAGAGUGAACUGCAAGUCCACAGUGCCCUUUUGGGCCGCCCUGCCCCCUUUGGGGAUGUCUGCUUGCUGAGGCUGCAGGAAUUGCAACGAGAGAACACCUUCUUACGUGCGCAGUUUGCGCAGAAGACAGAAGCCUUGAACAAGGAAAAGAUCGAGCUUGAAAGGAAACUUUCUGCUUCGGAAGUUGAAGUCCAACUCAUCAGAGAGUCUCUCAGAGUGGCGUUGCAGAAGCAUUCAGAGGAGGGGAAGAAACAGGAAGAUAGGGUCAAGGGUCGUGAUAAACAUAUCAAUAAUUUGAAAAAGAAAUGUCAGAAGGAAUCCGAGCAGAACCGGGAGAAGCAGCAGCGUAUUGAAACCUUGGAGCGCUACCUGGCUGACCUGCCCACCCUGGAAGACCAUCAGAAGCAGAGCCAGCAGCUUAAGGAUUCUGAGUUGAAGAUCACAGAGCUGCAGGAGAGAGUGACUGAGUUGGAGAAUUUGCUGGAGGAGACCCAGGCAGCCUGCAGAAAGAAGGAGAUUCAACUGGAAAAUCUGAGACAGACAAAAGCAGAAUUUCCCACUGGACAUAGCCUGCAAGAUAAGCAGUGUGUGGAGGCCAGUGGAGAAGGUGCAGCCCAACAGCAAGAAGGUCCAAAAGUGGAAAUGGAGUCCUGGCAGAAGGAAUGUGAUUCUCUCAGAAAGAUUGUGGAAAAACAACAGCAGAAAAUGGGUCAGUUACACUCCCAAGUACAGAGCCUAGAGCAGCAAGUGGCUCAGGAAGAAGGAACCAGCCAAGCCCUGAAAGAGGAGGCCCAGCAGAGGGAGACAGCCUUGCAGCAGCUUCGCACAGCUGUGAAAGAGCUUUCAGCACAGAACCAGGACCUGAUUGAAAAGAAUCUGACGCUCCAGGAACACCUGCGCCAAGCUCAACCAGGGUGCCCAUCUUCACCAGACAUGGCCCAGCUAGCAUUUGAGCUGCACCAGGAAUUGGCCAGUUGUCUUCGAGAUCUGCAAGCUGUCUGUAGCAUUGUGACCCAGAGGGCCCAGGGCCACGACCCCAAUCUCUCCUUGCUCCUGGGCAUUCACUCUGCACAGCACCCUGGGACUCCACUAGAUUUACAGAAGCCGGAUGUAAUCAGGAGGAAACUAGAAGAAGUUCAACAGCUGCGUCAUGACAUCGAGGAUUUAAGGACCACCAUGUCAGAUAGAUAUGCCCAGGACAUGGGAGAAAACUGUGUCACGCAAUGA